UAGAAAUUAGUAAUCGGGUUUUGGUAAAAUGUAAAGUUCAUUGAACAUUACAGUUAUUUUUCUAUUAAACUAAUAUAAAUAGUUUAUGGAGAUCAAUAUGAACGUAUCUGAGAAUUCCAAGGAGUAUAUAGAAAAGAAACGAGAAGAGCUACGAAUAUUCUUUAAAGAUGGAAAUUUUUCAAAGGAAGUUUUGGAAAGAAUUAUCGACAAUGAAUUGAAACCUUUACAAAAUAGAAGGGACGAAAAUCAGCCUUACAUUUCAGCUUCCGCAGACGGAGAGAUAAAGUCUGAAUACGAAGUGUUGACUGGUCAGCCGUUUACAGAUAUAACAGAAUCCAGCACGCCAUUAACGACGGAGGAGUUAAAGAAAAUGAUCGAAAGUAAUCCUAUAAUCCGUGAAAAAUCUCGACAAAUUCAAAUAGCAAGAUCAAAAAGCGAUAGCGGUGAUAUGUAUGUUCCUUUAGAUAAAAUAAACUUACCAGAUUACAAGCAAAUGAUGGAUGAAAUAAAAUCAGCUAAAGGCGACGAAAAAAUAAUUAAAGAUGCGAAUUUCAGAAAUAUGCAAGCAUUAGUAAAUAGCGCUAAUGCUUACGAAGCUUCUCUUGUUGAUGCGAAUAAGCCUUUAGUGAAAGAAACGGAUGAUGAAGCCUCCAAUAGUGAUAGCGAGUUCGAAGCAAUUGACAAAGUAGUUACUGAGUACACUAACAAAUCUUAUGAAACAAGAUUCCAAGAAACGAAAGAAAUGUUGCUUGAACUAGCCGACAAACACGAUAAGCUUGAUUUGCAUGGUAACAACGAUAACGUAAGCGAACAAAAAAUUAAACAAUUAACAGAAGAAUACAAAAUCCUACAAGAAUCUUCAUCAGUUCUCCCUGAUAUCAAAAAUCGUCGUAAUAUUUUUGAAGAGAUUAAGGAAGAGUAUUCUAUAAAUGCGGCAAUGAAUAUCCCAAUAGUGAACAAUCCGAUUAAAUUAAAAUCUUUCGAGGAUAAGAAAUCUAAUUUGAGUUACAUUAAACAAAUGAAAAAAGAUGAAGAAACCAAUUUAGACGAAGUUUUUUCUAAAAACUUUGAAGGCAAACUCGUGGAUACAACUAAAGUUUUAACUAAUAUAGAUGCAAUUUUAAGUGGGGAACCUGGUAUUGGAGGAAAUAAAGAUAAUUCUAAGUUAUCACAGGAUCAAAAUUCUGCUGCCUCAGAUCAGAUGAAGGAAGAAGAUAGCAACCAAGAUGACGCUGCGAAUAAUGAGAGCUUAAACAAUAAUGAGCCAACUAAUGACAAUAAUCAGUCAUUCGAUGAUAGAAUGGAGCAAACAUUGCAUAAUGCUUUAGAAUCCAUACUUAAUAUUGGAGACGAUGAAAACCGCGAAAACAAAGAUUUAGAAUUUAAAGAAAUGAGAAAUCUUGCACGAAAUCUAGUAGAAGGAGCGGAAAAUCUUAGUACUUUGAUUAGAUCAGAUAUAACCAAUAAAUUGAAUAGCAUGAAUGAAUUGUUAAAUGAUGUAAAUGAAGCCCUUGAAAAUUCUAGGAAGUCUAAUAUUUUGUACCAAAAUCUUAUAAACGACAGAAAGAGUAUUCAGACAUCUGAUAUUACAAAGGCACCAGAAGUUACCGAAAACAAUGAAAAUUUUAAUAAUAGGUUGAAAUUAUCAAGCGAUUCCGUUAGUUUUUCCCAAAUAGACGAUAUAAAUACAGCUAUAGUUGAGUUGAAUCAAGAGAUUAACUGUCAUGAAGAGAGGGUCAAUAAAAGUCAAAUAGCAUACGAAACACGACAAAAAGAAUGCAAUGAAUUCAUGAAAGAAGUUGACAAAGUACUGGCAAAGUCACACAGAGUUCUUCAUCCAUUAGAACAUUCUGGUACAACAACAUUAAAAGAACACGUAGAAAAUCUUAACAAAGAAUCACGAGAUUUACCUCAAUUUGAGAAACAAGAAGUAGAAAGAAAUAAACGUAUCGAUGGUCUCCUUUUUGAUAUAAAAGACAAAAUGAAACACAAUAAAGAAGUCUUAAGAUUGGCUGACAAAUUACUCAAUAGAGGUGAUACAAAAUACAAGACAUUUGGUGAAGGUUCCAUUACAACAGAGAAAGUUGAUACAAAAGCUCAAGGAGAUUACAAAAACAGAAACGAUGAAUUAGUUACUUUAAAAAAGGAUUCUAAUAUUUCUGAAGUUCCCACGAAAAUGAAUACGACAGUUUCAUCAAGAAUACGUGAAUAUGAACAGAGAAAGAAGGAUGCGACAGAAGAAAGGCGACAGAAGCAACGAGAAUUUCAAGAAAAGCUGGAUAGAGAAAAAGAGGAAGCGAACAGAGGUCCGCGGAUGACGAAAGAGUUUAUAAAAAACCACUGCAAACAGCACAAACUGUACUGCACUCCACAUCUUAAUGAUAUUUUAUAUCUUCACUUCAAGGGCUUUGCCAAGAUUGAAAAUCUCGAGGAAUACACCGGUUUGAAAUGCAUAUUCCUAGAAAAUAACGGUAUUCAAAGGAUCGAAGGUCUGGACAUGCAGGCCGAACUGAAAUGUCUCUACCUACACUAUAAUGUUGUCAGGAAGAUUGAGAACUUACAGGGCUGUCCGAAACUGGACACUUUGAACUUGGACCACAACUUUGUGACAUGCAUAGAGAAUCUGGAUGUGGUUCCCGACUUGCACACUUUGAGUAUCGCUCAUAAUAUGCUCACCACUGUAGGUGAUCUCCAGCAUUUAGCGACUUGCAAGAACCUCUCUGUAUUGGAUCUCUCGCACAAUCGACUGGAAGAUCCACUAAUUGUUGAUGUCUUAGCUGACAUGGUAGUUCUAAAAGUUCUGGUACUAACGGGUAACCCAGUGGUGCGAAACAUACCGGCAUAUAGAAAGACUCUGACGCUGCGUUUGAAGGAACUGCUGAAUCUAGACAAUAGACCGGUCUUCCCGCGUGACCGCGCCUGCGCUGAGGCCUGGCAGCGUGGUGGAGUGCAGGAGGAGAUCGCUGAGAGGAAACGUUGGAUAGCAGCAGAACACGAGAAGACGAUGAAGAGUGUUCGGUACCUGAUCAAGAUGCGAGAGGAGAAGAAAGCAGAACGGGAAGCUAAGGAAAAAGAAGAGCGGGAGAAACUCGGUCUUCCACCUCAAGAAGAAGAUGUACCACAGAUUGAAGACGUUAAAGACAAAAUUGAAGAAGGAACAUCAGAGCAAGUCAAUGUGAAGACUGUGGAUGGCGUGGUAGAAGACAUGCUGACUGGUUCCGAAGCCGAGUCUACUAGUGAGGACAGCGAUAGUGACAGCAGCACUCAUGAUGAAGAAGAAAAAGAUGCUCCAACAUCGGAAAUUCAAUGGUCGCCUAACAGUCAGACACUAGUUCAAGAGAUAGAUACAAGGCAAGAAGAUCCUCCGGUGCAGGGCGACUGCUGGGCUGGCUAUACUGGUGAUCUGAACAAUGAUAACAAUGAUAAAUAUUCUUCGGAACUAACCGCAAUCAGUAAUUUAUUAUUCAAUCAAACUCCACGUAAAAGUAAAUCUGCGACGGAUAAAAAUAAAAUAAAAAUAAAAGAUGAAUUAUGCGAAGAUAUUAAACUGACCAGAGAAGUUCCAACGACUAUUGCAAAGAAACCAUUAAUUGAAAUAAUUGAAAGUGAUAUUAAUAAUAAAACAGAUAAAGAAACAUCAGAAGAAAUUGAAAAUGACCACAAUUUGACUGCAAAACCAUUACCUGUUGAAAACAAUGUAAAGGUCUGCUCUAAUGACAAAGAAAAUAAGGGUUUAAAGAAUAUUAUUAUUCAAGAAAUAAAGUAUGGUGAUACAGAGACUGCUAUGGAUAGUGAUAGUAAAAAUAAUGGAGAUAAUUCAAAAAGCGAUUGUGGAACUAAAUCAAGUGAUAUUAAAGACACUGAUAACAUUGAAAAUAAAGCAAAUGAUAAAUCAAACGAAGAAGGAAAUGUUACAGCAGUUGAAGAAACCGCGAAUAAGACAGAUAGAACACUGGAGCAAGGAGAUGGAGUCUCGUUAUUGAAGUAUAUCCGUGGCGCUGACAGCGACCUCUAUGAUGAUGACGAGGACAUGACGCCCAGCGCGGAGGACUUGGAGAUCUUCGCCGAGCUGGAAAGAGAGCAGAAGGAGAGAGAAGCCAGGAUCGCGAGAGGAGAACCCGCUGUUGACCCAAUGAAGUUAUACGACAAGGCGGUGAUGGAGGAGUACCACAGAGCGCGGGAGUGCGUGCCGGCGCACCAGGUGCUGCCCGAGCACAAGACCAGCGUCACCAUGUACCGACGCGACAACGCCUUCGACAGGAUCGCCUUCAGCCAGCUCACCGCCGGCGACACUCCGGACGAAAAGAAGGUGAAACUUACUAUGGUGCCGGGCGCCAUAUUGUUCCAGUAUGUGGACACUGAACUGCAGUAUCAAAUUGGCGAAGAAAUUAUUAAUAAAGCAGCGUCAUCGGAAGAUACUGUAUCUAUAAAUUUGUCAAGUGAACAUGAUUCAGAUAAUGAAGACAUACAUUUACAAGAAGCUGAGAAUACAAAGAGACCUGCAACAGCUCUCGCUAAAACUGAUGAAGAGCAAAGCGUCGAGUCUGAUUUUAAAGUAAACAAAGAUAACGAAGCGUUUAAGGAAAAAGACAAAAACGUAUUGAAAUCUAACGAAAAUGUAAAUGGUGGUGUUGACUACAAUGUGCUUCCUCCACCUCUAGCUUCGACUUCCUUAACGGCCGCGCUGUCUCCUGCUGACCGCGACCAGGCCAAGCAGGACAUCAUUGACACCAUCAACUCCUAUGAUGAUGAUAGGUUCCCAUCGCAAGGUACAAACUACGCGAACAUGUCAGAGAACGCGGCUGUGGAGGAGCGCGUGGCUUCAGAGAUCCUGGAGCGCACGCUGCGGCACGAGGAGCGCGAGUUCUACCGGCACCGGGAGGUGGUGACGAGCCGCGCCGGUAGUGUCGACAACAGGACCAAUGCCAUCAUUGAACACAUCUCUGAUCAUCUCGAACAGGAGUAUACUUUGCCGGAGGUUUCCCACAUCUUGGAGGUUCACAUGGACGAAGCUGAAAGGCGAUGGCGCGCGGGAGAGUUCAUCCCGUACAGCCUGCAGGUCAGCCCUCCCGACUCUGAGGGGGAGGACAACGAGGUCACCCUCAUACCCAGCCAUGAAUCUACGUUCGAAGACACGCUAACUGAAGAUACGAAGGAAAGGGAUGCAGUUAGAAUACUAGAAGUCGAUGAAUCUAUAGUUGAAGUUGACGAACAAAAAUCUAAUGUUUCUGAAAAUGUUGAUUUAAAUGCAAAAAUACAAGAGGAAUCUGAAGAUAAGUUUGAGGAUUGUAUUGAUGUGGACGCGAACGUACAGACUGAUGUACUCGGAGCAAACGAAUUUGAUCGAUCUGAAGAAACUUUUACACUCGAAAUGAAAUUAGCAUUAGGACAAGAACCUUAGGCACAUUUUUUUUUAAUUUUUGUUAUUUGCAAGUGAAUAUUUUUGUUUUAUGUUUAUUACUUUACGUUCCAUAAAAUCUCAGUUUGCCGCAGUUAUUAAGAGGUCGUUAAUUUUGAAUUUAAGUAAACAUGAAAUAACUGAAAGCGGCAGAAGGAAUUAUUUUAAUUUUCAAUAACCCAUAUCAUGUCAACAUUUAAUGUUUUUUUUAUUUGUGCAAGUGAUGUG